CCCAAAUUUUAAGAUGGCGUCUUUUUUACUGGAUUCAGCUCUGAUGUUUGGAACACAAACAUUAUUUUUUGGAUUUGGUUGGCUAUUUUUCAUGAGAAAACUCUUCAAAUUUUAUGAGAUUCGUAACAUGUUUGUACAAGUUUUGUUUUCAGUCACAUUUGCCCUUUCGUGUACAAUGUUUGAAUUAAUUAUCUUUGAAAUACUUGGCAUUAUGGACUCAAAUUCGCGUUAUUUUCAUUGGCAGCUUAACCUCUACCUCAUACUAGUUACUCUGAUUGUGGUAAUCCCAUUGUACAUAUCAAGCCAAAUAGCCAGAGUCCUUCCUUGUGUACGUAGGAAAAUGUCAAUAUGGGUAUCUGUUGCAAUUUGGCUGGUUUUUAUUUAUUUCUUUUGGAAACUUGGAGACCCAUUUCCCAUUUUAAACCGGAAACACGGUAUUUUCUCAAUUGAACAGCCAAUAAGUAGAGUAGGAGUGAUUGGUGUAACAAUAAUUGGUAUAUUGUCUGGUUUUGGUGCUGUCAAUGCCCCCUAUACAUACAUGGCCUACUUCAUCAGAAAUAUUGAUGAUUCAGAGAUUUCAAAUUCAGAGAGAAGACUACUGCAGACAAUGGACAUGAUCAUCUCAAAGAAGAAAAGAAUUGCUCUAGCAAAGAAAGAGAACAGUUUAAGAUAUCAAGAUGAUAGUAUGUCACAGAGUAGCGGAGGAAAGAGGAUGAUGAAAAUGUGGAACAUAUUCUCUGGAAUAAGCUCUUCAAGUUCAGAGAAUAUCAGUGCAUUGCAAACUGAAGUGGCCAGUCUUGAAGAGUUAAGUAGACAAAUGUUUGUGGACUAUGUUGACUUAAGAGAGACAAAGGACAGAGUGGUGUAUUCAAAGACUCUUAAAGGUCGCUAUUAUGACAUUGUUGGCCACUUUUUUUCUAUUUAUUGUGUGUACAAGAUCAUUAUGUGUACUAUUAACAUCAUUUUUGAUAGGGUUGGAAAAGUUGAUCCUGUUACUAGAGGCUUGUCUAUCCUAGUCAACUGGCUUGGAUUUAAAGUUGACGUUUUAUUUUGGUCUCAACAUGUUUCUUUCAUAUUAGUUGGUAUUAUUGUCAUUACAUCAAUAAGAGGUCUACUAAUCACUCUCACUAAAUUUUUCUAUGCCAUUGCAAGCAGCAAGUCUUCAAAUGCUAUUGUCUUAUGUCUAGCAGAAGUUAUGGGUAUGUAUUUUGUAUCAUCAGUCCUUCUAAUGAGAAUGAAUGUUCCAGAAGAGUAUAGGACUAUCAUCACAAGAGUCUUAGGGCAGCUUGACUUCAGUUUUUAUCAUCGUUGGUUUGAUGUUAUAUUUUUAGUCAGUGCUUUAACUAGUAUUGUAUUUCUUUAUAUUGCUCACCAGCAGUCAUCAAGUAAAAGAACAGGAUAACACAUACAUUACUAAUGAUGUCUUAAUUAUUAUUUUAAUUUCUCGAUUCUGUCAGUGUCACGGUUCAUUAAUUGCUGCCUGACAAAAAUUUUCAACAAAAUCAAAA